GAUGACGUUCAGCACAAAGUCCAUCCUCAAGAUGAAAUGUAAGAUAAAACCGUACUGCAGUCAGUCAGUGCUUGUUCGGGCUCGUGGUGUUGUACAGCUAUAUCUAUAAGAGCCGAGAUGUUGGUCCAUGGCAACAGGAUGUUGAUGUCCAAUAUCCACGGUGGCUUGAGAAUGAUUUCUCUAGGGUCAUCUUCCUGCAGGAGUCACGUGGUCAUGUCUAAGAGUCAAAGCAACAUCUCACGUAGUCUGAGUAUAGCAAGCCGCAAAUGGUUUCCUCAAAGUACUCAACCGGUGGGCCAGAUGGAUCUGAAGCGAGCCCUGCAGACUGCGGAGGGUCGCCGAGCCACGUUCACAGACAGAAGUCAGUUCAAGUACGCGCGCCGGCUGGUGGUGAAACUGGGCAGUGCCGUCAUCACCCGAGAAGACGAGCACGGUCUUGCUCUCGGCAGACUCGCAUCUAUUGUCGAGCAGGUGGCAGAGUGCCAUGUGGAAGGGCGGGAAUGCAUCAUGGUAACCAGCGGUGCUGUGGCGUUCGGCAAGCAGAAGCUGACCCAAGAACUUCUCAUGUCGCUCAGCAUGAGAGAGACCUUGUCACCUUCAGACCACACACGGCAGGAUGCCGGAACAAUGGUGGAACCUCGAGCAGCCGCCGCUGUCGGGCAGUCUGGACUUAUGUCCUUGUAUGACGCCAUGUUUGCCCAGUACGGUGUGAAAAUUGCCCAGGUACUAGUAACGAAACCCGAUUUCUACAACGAGGAGACCAGGAAACAUCUGUUCAGUACCUUGUCUGAACUGAUCAGCCUGAACAUAGUCCCUAUUAUCAACACCAAUGACGCUGUGUCCCCACCACCUCAAGUUGACGAAGAUGUCAAGGUUAAGGAUGGCAAGGUGAUAAGUAUCAAGGACAACGACAGCUUGGCAGCUAUGUUGGCAGCGGAGAUCCAGGCCGACCUACUGAUCCUUAUGUCCGACGUGGAUGGUAUCUACACAAAACCACCAUGGCAAGAGGGCUCUAGACUCAUCUCUACUUACACAUCCGAGAUGCACGAUAUCAUCCGUUUCGGCAAAAAGUCCAAAGUGGGAACCGGAGGCAUGGACUCUAAGGUGAAAGCAGCAACAUGGGCCCUUGAGAGAGGGGUGAGUGUUGUGAUAUGUAACGGACACCAAGAGAAGGCAAUCAAGACGAUCAUCAGUGGACGCAAGCUGGGCACGUUCUUCACGGACGCGCCACCUUCUGGCCAGGCGUCCACGGACGUGCUCGCCGAGAAUGCGCGCCACGGCAGCAGGAAACUGCAAGCACUGAGUCCGUCUGACCGCGCUAGCUGUAUCAGCACACUGGCCGACCUGCUGAUCUCACGACAGGCGGAUAUCCUCGCCGCCAACGCCAAGGAUCUGGCCGAGGCUACGAAGAACAACACGUCCAAGCCCCUCAUCUCCCGUCUCUCUCUCACCCCCUCCAAGCUCAAGUCUCUAUCUGCAGGUCUGAAACAAAUAGCUGAGACUAGCCUGACCAACGUAGGACGAGUUGUACGUAGGACUCGGCUUGCAGACGGACUGGACCUUACACAAGUCACGGUACCCAUAGGCGUUCUUCUGGUCAUCUUCGAGUCCAGGCCGGACUGUUUACCUCAGGUGGCAGCACUGGCCCUUAGUUCCGCCAAUGGACUGCUUCUCAAGGGUGGAAAAGAGGCUUCUCACAGUAACAAGGCUUUAUAUGCAGUCGUUCAAGAGGCUUUAGCUACUGUUGGAGCUCAAAACGCUAUCUCCUUGGUGUCGACAAGAGACGAGAUCAGCGACCUGUUGGCCAUGGAAGGGUACAUUGACCUGAUUAUCCCCCGUGGCUCCAACGAACUUGUCCGUAGCAUCCAGGAGCGAAGCCAACACAUCCCCGUGUUGGGGCACGCCGAGGGCAUCUGUCACGUCUACGUCGAUAAGGAGGCGGACCUCAAGAAGGCACUAAAGAUAGUGCGCGACUCUAAGUGUGAUUACCCGGCUGCCUGCAACGCCAUGGAAACUCUCUUGCUACAUGAAGACCACCUCAGCAACGGCUUCUUUGUCGAUGUUUGCAAUAUGCUGAAACAGGAGGGGGUAACGGUGUACGCUGGACCUAACCUCUCUGAGCGACUGACAUUCGGCCCGCCACCUGCCAAGUCUCUCAAGACCGAAUAUAGUGGCCUCGAGUGUGCCGUGGAGAUCGUCAGUGGCGUGGAAGAGGCUGUAGAACAUAUCGCUAAAUACGGCAGUGGCCACACCGAUGUCAUCGUCACUGAGAACCCUGAGAAAGCGAGCGAUUUCCAGCGAGACGUGGACAGCGCCUGUGUAUUCCACAAUGCCAGCUCUAGAUUUGCUGACGGCUAUAGAUUUGGAUUAGGAGCCGAAGUCGGGAUCAGCACUGCCAGGAUCCACGCACGAGGUCCUGUGGGAGUCGAAGGACUCUUGACCACCAAAUGGGUGCUCAGGGGCAAUGGACACACCGCGGCCGACUUCGCUGACGGAGGUUCCCUCACUUACCUACACGAAAACCUCCCAGUCUCCUGAACUUCUAGUCUUCCAAUGGUCCGCGAUAGCUCCCUGGAUACUGCCAUGAGCUACUUUUACAGAAUAUUCUCAAUUUUAUUUCCAAACAAAACUCGAGAUAAUUGGUGGGCUGCUAGAUGGAAGUAAAGACAUUUUGGGGCCUUGUCCGUACAAUUUUGCACUUAGGAAAGCGAGUAAAAAUAUCUUAGAAAUAUUUUUAUCCAUACUACUUUGUACAGUCUAUAUUUAAGGCAUGUUGAUGCAAAUAAAAAUAAAAUUUUUUUACUAUU